UGUUCUUUUUUUUUUUUUUUUUACAAGGAAAAUGGCGUCAGCUGAUUCUCAGCCGCGGUUCGGGCAGUCUGUUAAAGGAUUAUUAUCCGACAAGGUGGGCUCCUGUAGCGGGGACGUGAUUGCGUUGACCCGCCAGGUGCUGAAAGGAUCCCGCAGCCAAGAGCUUCUUGGCCAAGCAGCAAGGAACAUGGUGAUCCAAGAGGAUGCCAUUCUGCACUCUGAAGAUAGUCUGAGAAAAAUGUCCAUCAUAACAACUCAUCUACAGUACCAACAGGAGGCCAUCCAGAAGAAUGUGGAGCACUCAAAGAACCUGCAGGACCAGCUGACGCAUCUGCUGAAGUGAUACAGCAAGACGACAAGGCGUCAUCACAGGGGGUUGAUGUAAUGGUGCUUCCUGAGGCCCCCUGCUGGCCUGUGUGACGGGGCAACCAUCACCUCAGCUUUUGCUGCUGUAGUGCAGACAGUGGGCUCUUUCACCGGCUCUUGUGUGUCACAUUUAUGCUUAAUCAGUGAAAUUAAGUUGGCCGUUUGGCAGGUUUUGGAUGAAUUGCACAGCUGGACUGGUCACAUGCAAAGUGUGUUUGGCUUUUUUUUUUUUUUUUUUUUUUUUUUUUUUUAAUGAAAAAAGUGUAAAUGUUUUUGUGGAGCUUCCUUCAGUGGAUGAGGAGGGCGGGGUUAAUCGCUUCAGAGGGUCAAGAAAGCAGCGCUUCAGGAUGCCACUGGAGUCUGGAUACAGAUUUUGAUUCAGUUCAGUUUAUUUUAUAUUGCGUCAAUUUACAACACAUAUUAUCUGGAGGCACUUUAUAUAAAAUGUAAUUUUGAUCCUAGUCAAAUCCUGUCAAAUAGUGCAUCGAGUUCAGUCUCUUAUCGGACUAGUUUAAUCCCAGCAGGAUGGAUGGAGUCAUUGACUUUUACAGCAUGCAUGUAGCGACGGUGGAGGGAAGACGAACACCCUCCCCUUUAACUGGGAUGAACCUCCAGAGGACACUGGCUCACUACGAGACGCCAUUUGCCACAACCGACUGGUGGUUUGAGAAGACAGAGCAGAGACACAAAACAGAAAUGAAAAAGCUGAUGUCAAAGUUCUGCAUUAAUAAAAAGUAAAAAGUUCAAGAGGCGAGGGAGAAUGAUUAGCUGAUGGUAGCAGAAUGCCAAACCACAUGUGGCUGGAUUGGCUAGGUCAGUUAAAAUAACAGCAAAUAAUGCAAAUUGGAGCGUUAAGUAAAAGAAGAAGAAGGUAGAUGGGGAUUGGGUGCAACAGAGAUGAUGUGCUGUUUGAUUUUGAAGGUUUAGAUCAGGCUUGUUAAACUCAGUUUCAUUUUGGGCCAAAUCAAAAAUCUGACUGCUCUUAAAGGGCCGGUUGUGCCAGAAUGUGUGGAUGAAACUAAUUAAACUGUUAAAAAUCAAUAAACAGAUGUUUGUUUCAGCA